GCCGACUCAGCUGUCAUAUGGCGCUCUCACGUGGUAGAUUCAUAGCAGGGAUAGAAGCCAGACCCUCCCCUUGUUGACAUCACAUCCUCCUUUCUGCAUCUUGGUUGCACGGCUGUGACAUCACAACCUCCUGCAGCAUCCAGCAUAAGAAUUUCAGGAGAGAGAAGUGCUUUGCCCUCAAGGAGCGCUAUAGAAAUAAAAAUAUACACACAUAACAUACAUGCAAUGCACUUCUUUAUCUGGCUCUGGAUGAGCAGAAUCAGCGCUCAUGUGGCACAUGGUAGAUUCAUAGCAGGGAUAGAAGCCAGACCCUCCCCUUGCUGACACCACAUCCUCCUUUCUGCAUCUUGGUCGCACAGCUGUGACAUCACAACCUCCUGCAGCAUCCAGCAUAAGAAUUUCAGGAGAGAGAAGUAUUGCCAGAUUCCAACCCCAUGAGUGCACAGAGAGCAGCAAAGCGAAGAACUGGGGAUUUUCACUCAGAGUUCCCAUCAAGUUGUGGAAAUCCCUACCAAACAGCAUGUUUAUUAAGCAAGUUUAUAGAGUUGCCAAAUCCACCCUUGUCAAGACACCAACUGAAGAGACUAGAGGAACAUCGGUAUCAAAGUUGUGGUAAAUCUCUCCUUGAGCCAUUAAUGCAAGGAUUUUGGGAAUGGUUGGUGAUACAAGUGCCACAGUGGAUUGCGCCAAACCUUAUUACCAUAAUUGGACUUCUGAUCAACAUCGUCACCACAGUAGUUUUAAUUUAUUACUGUCCAACAGCAACUGAAAAGGCUCCAACGUGGACAUAUCUCAGUUGUGCUAUUGGCUUAUUUAUGUACCAGUCUUUGGAUGCAAUCGAUGGGAAGCAAGCACGGAGAACCAACAGUAGUACACCACUGGGGGAACUUUUUGACCAUGGAUGCGACUCACUCUCAACAGUUUUUGUUGUCUUGGGUACCUGCAUUGCGGUUCAACUUGGAACAAACCCUGACUGGAUGUUCUUCUGCUGUUUUGCGGGCAUGUUUAUGUUCUACUGUGCUCACUGGCAAACCUACGUGUCAGGCACACUGCGUUUUGGGAUAAUUGAUGUGACUGAAGUGCAAAUCUUCAUAAUAAUCAUGCAUUUAUUGGCUGCGAUCGGUGGACCAACUUUGUGGCUAUCAAUGAUUCCUGUGCUGAAUGUCCCAAUGAAACUUUUUCCAGCCCUCUGUACAGUUGCAGGCACAGUCUUUUCAUGUACCAAUUAUUUUCGAGUAAUUUUUACAGGUGGUGUUGGGAAGAAUGGGUCCACCAUUGCAGGUACAAGUGUCCUCUCUCCAAUGCUCCACAUUGGGUCUGUUAUUGUUCUUGCCACUAUGAUAUAUAAGAAAUCAUCUGUGCAGCUCUUCGAAAAGCACCCCUGCCUUUAUAUUUUGACAUUUGGCUUUGUGUCAGCAAAAGUAACCAACAAAUUAGUGGUGGCUCAUAUGACCAAAAGUGAGAUGCAUUUGCAUGACUCUGCUUUUAUUGGACCAGCAUUGCUGUUUCUAAAUCAGUAUUUUAAUAGCUUUAUUGAUGAGUAUCUUGUGCUGUGGAUUGCACUGGUCCUUUCCCUCAUUGAUUUGAUUCGUUAUAGUGUGAGUGUCUGCAAUCAAAUAGCAUCCCACCUUCACAUUGAAGUCUUCAGAAUAAAGACAAAGAUGGCACGUUUUAAUCAUCACUAAGUGACUUUAUUAAUUCAACAUGCUAAAGAAAUUAAUGUUUCUAAACAAAAAACAGGGAUGUGAAAGGAAAGCCAGAAAGUUGUUUACAAUGAUUGCUCUGGCACAUUGCCACUGGAUUAUACACCCAGUUUUUCUUUAUGUAAUGAAUAUAUUUGAAUAUGCAUAUUUCCAAAACUGUACUAAGGUUCUGCUUUCUGUUAAGAAUGCUGAAAAAUACAUUUUAACUGUUGGAGUACUGCAACAUUUAGCAAAAUAAAUUCUGACAAAAAACAAUUGUAAUUGCCUCCUAGCAAAAUACAUUUUGUUGUCAUAUUGAAGUGGCUCUUUAGUUAAAGCAAUGAAAACAACAUAGGCUUAAAUUUGAUUUUUGGCAUGACAUUGUUAUUUUCUUGUGACCUUGAGCAAUUCAUGUGAGUUUUGUAAAUUCAACAUGGCAGACCCCUAAUGGCUGAAAAAUAUCUCUGUUUCCCUAAUUAUGAUUUAUAGACAUUACUUAAAGUAUUUGAGAACUAUGUAACUCACCCCCAAAAUGUUGCUGUAUUUAGACUAUUAAAAAAAAAAUAAAGUCAUAAAUGACUUGCUUUCAUUCAGUGCUUAAAGGACAAGAAGAGCUGAAUUCAACGAGGAUGCUUAAUCAUUUCAAACACACACCUAUAGACCCCAGUGAAUUGAGUUGGUAAAAAUAUUCCCUGUGCCAGUGCUGCCCUGUGGAACAAUGCACCAAGUAGUUCCAGUAUGGGGUGCCUAAAAUAUUGGUACCCCAUUUCAGUGAAUUCAGCUUUCAUUGUCCUUUAAUAAAACACAACUAUACCAUUAACAAAGUGCAGUUUGUAAUUCAUGUAAAAUGUUAAACAGCUGCUACAAAAGAUAACGCAUUUAUACAAAUGUUUAACAUAAAUUAGGUCACUACAGUGAACAACUAAUAAACUAUAACCAACAAUUUAGGGUGGCAUCUCUCUCCAAUUUAUGGGUAAAAGUCCUUCCUCUAUCUUAAGUACACAAUCCUAUGCAGGUACAGUAUGUACUAGGGAUUUGUAAUGCACUGUCAUUUUCUGAUCAAGGCCUCAAGAAUCUGACACAGAAAGAAUCCAACCAAGAUGGUGUAAGUCCAGUGAUCUAAUAAUGACAGCCUAACAAAGCAACAUAACAUGCAUUUGUAAUGUAUCUGUCCCUUAAUGUAAAAAAAAAAAAAAAAAAACGGGCUUCCAAGAGGUUCAUCCACCAGGCACAUUUUAAGUUACUGCAGAUGCAUUGUUCCCUAAGUCCACAUCUGCAUCAUCUUGAAUGAGAGACAAAUCAACUGACUGACAAGUAAACAUGAAACAAGUUUUCUUCAAUUACAGUGACAGCUGUUCUGUCUGAAUGUAAUCAAAAUACUCCCAAAUUUGAAUAAAGUAGUAGUAGGUGCAUACAAAUUAAAAGAGUAAAAUGGAGGCACAUUCUUAUUGCUCUACACCUGAAAAUAGCAAGGUUUUUAUAUUCCUAAAUAUUUCUCCCUUCUGUUAAAUGUUAUUGUUUAUAUUUUGUAUAAAUUACAAUCUUACAAUUAUCUGUUCAA